AUGGAUUCAGAGUCGGCACCUCGUUAUCACAACGCAACUAAUGCAGUGAUCGUUCCUAUUCUCUCUAUCUUGUCCAUCCUUGUCAGCCUGGUUCCGGUGGCUCUGCACUGGAAGAACCGGAACUUUCCUGCGACGUGUCUCAUUGCUUGGUUCUUGGUUCUUAAUUUCUUCAACAUCACCAAUGCAAUCAUUUGGCCCAAUGACGAUGUGGAUUCCUGGUUCAGCGGCGUGGGUCUUUGCGAUGUCGAAGUCAAGAUCAUGAUUGCUAGUUACGUCGGCGUGCCGGGCGAUCUGCUGGGCAUAUUUCGUGGCUUGGCCAGUGUGCUGGACACCAGUCGUGCAAGUCUCGUCCCCAGCAAGAAGCAGCGUUGGCAGAAUCAUUUCAUGGAUAUCCUGUUCUGUGUUAUCGUUCCAAUUGUUGCCAUGAUCACUCAGAUCGUCUACCAGGCGAACCGAUACAUGCUGUUCGCCAUCUCGGGGUGCGUCAACAGCUUCGACGAAAGCUGGGUGAGCUUCGUUAUGUCUUUCAUAUGGCCUCCAAUAAUCUGCGUGAUCGCUGGUUACUAUUGCGGGCUGGUCCUGUAUCGCCUCCAUAAGUAUCGCAGCCAGUUUGGAGACAUACUCCAGUCUUCCAAUAGCAACAUCAACAAAUCCAGAUUCCUUCGGCUUUUCCUACUGGCCUUUACCAUGUUCAUCGCCAUCCUACCGACCCAGGCUUUCGUUGUAUGGAAGAACGUGACGCUGUCGCUACCGUGGCAUUCGUAUUCAUGGAGCACCCUUCACGGACCCAAGUGGCAUGAGAUUAUCAAGGUCCCAACGAACGGGGAGGUCUUCUUUGAUCGGUGGAUACCAAUAGCAUCGGGGUUCAUGUUCUUCAUCUUCUUUGGGUGUGGUAAAGACGCCUCGAAGAUGUAUACCUCAAUCGCCCGCUACUCUGGUUUGGACUGUUGUCUCGUCGGCGGACAAGCAUCUCCGAUAGGAACCACUUCGUCAACCGGCGUGGGGUCUAUGAAUAGCCGGGUCAAGCUUUUAUUUCGUAAGAAGAGCUCAUCUGCCACAAGUGUACAUGCGAGCAACCUUGCUUCGGCAAACCUUGCUUCGGCAAACCUUGCUUCGGCAAAUCCCACCGAUCACAGCUAUGUGGAUCUCGAGAAUAGCACAACGACACCUAAGACGCACAGAGACAUGCACAAGGAAUCGUGGAUCAGGCGUUUGUCUCCAUUUCCCCGUCGUCGCUCCCCUCGCUGUGGCGAAACGGUGUCGCUUCACAACCUGACCGGUCCGUCCAACACGGUUGCUACCAAUGCUUGGGCCGGCGCAAAUACCAGUCGCGGCAGCAACGAGUAUGAUACUUCUACCAGAAAAGAUUUCAUUCGGGUAAAGCAGGUCAUCAGCCAAGAGAGCGAGAAGAAUGUGUGA